CGAAAUUAACUAUGUGGGAGCUGGAGAGCACCAAGUGUCCAGAGAGCACAGUGUCCUGAGACAAUGUGGAGAAUGCAAAACUGCCGGCAGAUCCUCUUUGAGCACAAGGGGCUGCCAGCGAGAGUAAUGAGUCUAAUUCAAUUUGAAUUUAACAUCAAUACCCUUUAACUAACUCUUAACAACACUGAAUGGCACUGAAUGACUGUUUGUUUGAGCCGACAGCCCGGUAAUUUCAGAGGGUGCUGCCAAGUUCUUGGGUGGUGAGAAAAGUCAAUCUUUUUGGUAAUGCCUUUCAGGGAGGAGAAAGUGAAGGGACUCAUCAGCAUCAGACGCCUGGCUAUCUCCCACUCAGAAGUCCUUCUUUCUACACUUCAUGAUGUUUCCUUGGUAGUUAUCAAAGAGGUGAACAAUCUCCGCUCAAAGGUGUGUUGCUGUGCAAUCAACACUCUUGGAGUGCUCUUCGGGACCAUGAAGAAGGACAUGGACCACGAAGUGGAUGAGAUUGCUCGGGUCUUGCUGCGGAAGAUGGGGGACUCCAGCGACUUCAUUCAGACAGCAGCCAAUCAGUCCCUGGGGCUCAUGGUGGGGAGUGUGACUCCUGCACGAGCAAUGGCUGCUCUCAUGGCCAGUGGAGUCCAACACCGCAAUGUCCUGGUGCGCAAGACUGCGGCCGAACACCUACUGACUGCGAUGGAGCGAAUUGGAGCCAAGAAGCUCCUUUCAGGCAUACCUACCAGUACUGAGGUGCUGGUGUGCAUGCUGGUGAAUCUUGCUCUGGACUGUCAUCAGGACACAAGCUUCUUUUCAGUCCAUAUUAACAAUCGAGAUGAAGAAGCAGCAGAGGUUCUUGAAUGAGGAUGCGGAUGGCGAUGGGAGGAAACCAAAUGCCAUCCCUCCCCUGGAUGACUGGGCCAGUGAGGCUGAUGUGCAAGACUUCAGCACUGGGCAAGGAGGUGACCACCCCCACCUUUCUCACCAAGCCUUGACCCAGGACCCCCAAGAGAGGGAGGCAAGCAGCGCUGACUCGGGUACCAUCCAGAUCAAAGACAAGCUGAAGAUGAAGAGGAUGUCUGAGGGCCUGUCAGCCUCAUACAGAGGUAAGGCGGGAACCUGCCUGCUCACCUGUGGGAAGAGGGGUCUUUUCCCAGCCUAGAAAGCUAGUGCACAUUCCCAGGGAACAGUUGUUCCCUGCAUGUGCCCCCUGCAAUAACCUUCCCUGUUGCUGUAGGGGUGUACAACUGUGAGGCAGGGAGAGGAGCUGGAGGGUGAAUGUGCAGGUGAAUAAUUCUGGGUAUGCACAGGUCCGUGGGCUCUCUGUUAUUCGACAGGAGUCCAGAGGACCAGGGUGCUCCUCUGGUGGCUCUGUGGGAGUGCGUAAGUGUUGUCCACUGGCCUGCUUCAAGUGGCUGAGCAGAGAGCAAAGGAUAUAAAGUAAGGAAACCAAGCCAAGCAUGUGUAGUGGAUCUUCAGUUUAUUUCCAGUAGGCAGAGCUCUGAGAUCUUUUUCUGCAGUGUGAGCCCAGGGAAGCAGCUGAGCCAAGGAAGUGCUCAGCUGAGCUGCAGGGUGGGAGCUC